GCCAUGGGCACUAUCCCCUCUUAUCUCCACCAUGCCCUAUUUCGCCAUCCACAGAGACGAACAGGCUCAUAAGAAGAUCAAAGUAGAAGAAACUCCAGCGUUCGCUUCUUCUCAUGGAUCAUAUCUGCACGACAAUGUAUCUGAACUCGAAAACGUACCUUCAUUCAAGACGCCUUCCGCCCGAAGACAAUAUUUUGCAAGCAACAGUCACAGAAAAGAAGUCGACUUCAAAACCUCUGAUAUCAUCGCUUCAGACUUUUGCUACGGCUUCCUUUCCUUCCCGGAUAUCAGACUAAACCUCCCCGGUGGAAUAUCCUUUGACCUCUUGAACUAUUGGGACGGCCAACCCGUCCGGUUCGUCUGCUGUGAACGGCGAAAGGGGGCGGACGACUAUGGGAGGCCACUCAAAGGACCCGGAGACCCAUUUUGGGUCGUUGUAUUUGAAGCCGUUCCAGAUGAUGAGAUUGAGGCUGCCAAAGCCGAGCAGAGGAACGGAGCGGCGAGUGAGAAGGUGUCGGUCGAGGAUCAAAGACAUCUUAGAGAGGAUAUUGAUUAG